AUGCCUGCCCGGGGGCACGUGUGGGGAGCUAAGCUGCUUGACGCUGGCAUCGCCUCACUGCUGGGGGAGGCUGGGAUGCCGGGGCAAGGAGCGAGUGAGGAUGACCCCACCCAGGACAGCAGCAGAAACCCGAUGAACCGGUCAGGGAGGCUGCGGACUGCCGGGGUGGAUGCUGUAGCCAGAGAGUGCCCAGGUCUCCGAGGAGGGGACACCGCUGGGUCCCGGUGGGGUGACUGCAUCACCUGCUACUGAGCCUACGGCCUCGCGGGACACCUGCCCCUCUACUGCGGCCACACCUUCAACCGGGCGUGCGUGCGGCGGCUGGACACUCCGGCCCACGGGCAGUGCUGGGUCCCCUGCCCAUGGUGCCACCAGAGCACACCCACACCCCACGGAGGGGUCAUGCUGGACCUCGACCUGGCCGCCCUCCUGGCUGUGAAGGCCGAGCGGGAGCCGUCCCGUGUGGACCCCCUGCACCCCCGAGACAGCACUGCCAUCGCUCAGCAGCUGGCCAGGCUCUGUCCCACCUUGGGCACCCAGCCCCAACUCCCCUAG